CGUGGGUACACACCUGUUAAUUGAAAGGUACCUUUAAUCGCCUUUGGCCUUCAUCCCUUGCCCCCAAGAGCGGAGUUAUUUCUCUCUUCCUGUAACCUGCGCACAUGUAUGCUGUGGAACUCCAUCAGAAAUAAUUAGAUUUAAUCCCACUCCACCUACCUCACCCUCGGAUCUUUUACUACUGACAGUCCUCUACUUAGACAAAUGCAAAUGCAUAUAUUUCUUUAUCUGCGUCUGGCAUUGCCCCGAGAUAGAACACAAUUAAAACGAAGUGACAGAGAAACCGGAAGAGGAAUAAACUGGAGUGGCAGAAGUCCUAAGUGCUGCGACUUCCAAGGAUUGUUAGGAGGUUACGGGGCUAAACCAGAGAAAGAAUUGCUUAUUCUGAAAGCCAUGGGGAGAGCCGGUCUGGAGGGAUGGGUGGAGGGGGUGGGGUAGGAGCGAGAACAGUGGCAGCCCAAUGAAAGCCCCGUCAUCCUUUCCGGACUGUAAUUGGUGAGAUCCACCACUUGCGUUUCGUAUGCAAAUAGGAGGCUGGGAGGGCCUUACGGGCAAGGGCCGCUCUCUGGCUUUGCUGUAGAGGGAUCAACACCCCGCCCGAAGACCAGAAGGCCGGCGUAGAGAAGCAUCGCUGGCAGGAUGGACGAAACGCACAGGCAGAGUACACGGGAGGAUUGAAGGGCUCAGGAACAGGAAACCCCUCUGAGAAGCUGUAGAAAUUCAACGCUGGCCAGAGAAGUUCCAUUCGCCUUCUCCAUGCACGUGUAGCUUCAGGGACUGAUAAUUUCUCAAUCCCUGGAGAGAUUCUCUCCCUUGCCCGCCCAUUGCAGAAAGUGAAAAUUAUGAACUUUUGGAGGUACUGCUUUCUUGCUUUCAUCGUGUUUGGUGUGGUUCUUUUUUUGACGUUUUACAAUAGCCAAUUAAGCCUACCAAAAAGUUAUGGGAAGCUAAACAGUUCCAGUGAAAAAUAUUUUAGAGAACAUGCCUGUGAUUACGCCUUAGAAGAGAAGACAGCCUUUGUAUGGGGAGAGACAUUGGCAUCGCCUUUAAAAAGUGUCCCUUGCAAGGAUUACCUGACCGAGAACCAUUACAUCACCAGCCCCUUAUCACAGGAAGAGGCUGCCUUCCCCUUGGCUUAUGUCAUGGUCAUCCAUAAGGACUUUGGCACUUUUGAGAGACUCUUCAGAGCCGUCUAUAUGCCUCAAAAUGUCUACUGUGUUCAUGUGGAUGAGAAGGCAACAGCUGAUUUAAAGAAGUCGGUAAAGCACCUACUGAGCUGCUUUCAAAAUGCUUUCCUUGCUUCUAAGCUAGAGUCAGUUGUGUACGCUGGCUUCUCCCGCCUGCAGGCUGACCUGAACUGCCUGAAGGACCUGGUGGCCUCAGAGGUGCCCUGGAGGUACGUCCUCAACACCUGCGGGCAGGACUUCCCUCUGAAGUCCAACAAGGAGAUAGUACAGUAUCUCAAAAGCUUCAAAGGGAAAAACAUCACCCCAGGAGUGCUGCCUCCUGCUCAUGCUGUCGGAAGGACAAAAUAUGUUCAUCAGGAGCACAGAGGCAGGGAUGGCUUCUUUGUGAAAAACAUGAACGUGUUGAAACCCCCACCUCCACAUCAGCUGACCAUCUACUUUGGCACAGCCUAUGUAGCCCUCACCAGAGAGUUUGUCAACUUUGUGCUCCAUGACCAAAGAGCCAUUGACCUCCUGUCUUGGUCUAAGGAUACUUAUAGUCCUGAUGAGCAUUUCUGGGUGACACUCAAUAGGAUUCCUGGUGUCCCUGGCUCCAUGCCCAAUGCCUCAUGGGCCGGGAACCUGAGAGCCAUCAAGUGGAUGGACAUGCAAGACAAGCACGGAGGCUGCCAUGGUCCUGGAGGGAUAGGACUUCAACUUGGCAAUUUUGAAGGAUACAAUUCAGCCAGAAGAGCAGGUCACUACGUUCACGGCAUCUGCAUCUACGGCAACGGAGACCUGAAGUGGCUGUUGAACUCUCAGAGCCUCUUCGCAAACAAGUUUGAGCUGUCCACCUACCCCCUGACCCUGGAGUGCCUGGAACUGCGCCACCGGGAAAGGACCCUGAACCAGAGUGAGGUCACCCUGCAGCCCAGCUGGUUCUUCUGAACAGUGGCACCACACGAGGUGGAUAUGAGGGGAGGCUCCCCUGUGAGGCUUACUGCUUGCCACCAACCCAGGGUCUGGUCACUCGGUGAUGUGUCAGCACGUCUUCUGCACACUGGUCCUGCACACCCUCCAUUCACCGGUCAGCACCAUCUUUGCAUUCUGGUCAACGUCUCCUCGCCACACUCCACACACACAGGAUGGUGACCAGACACCUUGUAGGCUCCUGGCCCUUCCCUCUGUAUGCAGCUCUGAUCAGACCCAGAUCAAGACCCUUCCCAUAGGAUGCUCCACUAAAGAAGGAGUAUCCAUCACACUGUAUCUUUGAAGGACCCUCAUAGUCCCACUAUAAAUAAGAGCAUGUGAACACAGAUACACUUUCUGGGAACUUACUGAUUCCUUUCAAACCUAGGAGCAGCUCUAGUUCCUGCUCCCCAGUGCUGGCUCCUUCAGCUCACUGUUAUAAGACCCAUGAGAACAAUGUCCCACCUCCUACUCAGUGAGAAGCUCCCAGAGCCUGGGCCUGUCUCCUGGCUUUAAAAUGUGCCGUGUCUGCCCCCUUCCAUGUUACUCAUUUCAGAGAGUGAACUUCCUGCAGAAAACAAGAGCUGUGGUCUUGUUCCAGUCUCAAGGUCAAUCCAUAAGAACAGUCACUGUCCUUUUCUGUCACCCCCACCCCACACAUCGAGCGACACCAAUCACUGUCCUGUGAGUUGUGAUCACACUCCCAAGAUCCUCAGGGUAGCUUUUCCUUGUCUACUGUAAUGGAGGGGCCUGGCAAUGAGGACUGUCAGCUGUGGGGGAACAGCUCUGUUGUCACCCCUUACCUGAUUGAUUUUGUCUGUCCACAUUCAGUAUGUGUCUAUCAAUAUUUCCUGAGUCUUCUCUACAUCAGACACGCUGAGGCAAGGAGACUUAAGAUAGCAACUAUUUACUCUAGAACCUUGGCCCCAGGCCUGGGAGAUAUAUAGUAGAGUGGUUUAUUCAACAGACUUUCAUGUUUGAGUUCCAGAGAUCCCAGGUUCAAUCUCUGACAUCACCAUAAGCCAGAGUUGAGUGGUGCUCUGGUAAAUAAAUAAAUACACCAUGAUAACAGGUGUCAGAGCCAGAAAGUCUGUUCUAGAGGAUGCCAGAGUUGUUGAUUUUAACUUGUUCACGUGCAUGGUAUAAACUGUGAAAUUAGUAAUUCUAAAUUGAGGUUUAAAUCAGGUUAUUUCAAAGAGAGAAAGGCAUGAGGACAGAACCUUCAAUGCCCAGAUGCCCUGCACUUAGACCCAUGCUCUUCCACUUAGCAGAAGGAAUAGAGCCUCGGAAUGACAGUGCAGAUUAGGAAGCAAAUUAUCCAUCUGCGGCUGAGAUACUGAUCUUCUUAGUUCUAUUUCCAUAGGUAAAAAGGAGAAGGUGAAAUUAAGCCAUACUUCAUGCCCCAAGGAAGAUAAUGUGCAAGAAUGGUCUUGGUGUUGAUACUGAGAAAAAAGUCCUGUUGCCUCAGGAAAAAAAAUGAAGUCAAGUUUUAGUUCCUUGAUACUUAUUUAUUCGAAUUAAAGUUUUAUUUUUUACAGUGAAUGACCUGUUCAGUUAAUGUCAUUCCUCCCCUCCCCCCACCCCACCACCACCAGUUGUGCCUGUUGAAUGUUAAUCAUGUUUAAAGGGAACAGAUUUAGAAGGAAAGUCUUUUUUCCCCUCAAACUGAAAAAGAUGGCAUUGUAGUGUAUGGUUUCAAGUGAUGGAGUAAGAGCACACCCAGAGCUCACAGCAAGUCUCCAAGUCAUCUUUUUCCAACUUACAUAAGUGACACCACCAGGAAGGCGAAGUGUUCUACACUGGAUCCUUCUCAUGUAGGAUGAGAACUCUUUUAGAAUAGAAGAUGUUUACAUGUCCAUGUUGGUCAUCUCUCCUGGGUCUGAAAUACUUUAAGAUGAGAAGAAUGGAAUGUUGGUACUCCUAGCUCCAGGGAUGACCUGAAACUACUGACCCUGUCCUUGAUUUUUCAUGAUGUUCUAUAUUGUUUUGUUGGAAAUAAAUUAAUAUAUUGUUUUCCACA